UUUGCGUUCCAAAUUUUCCGUACAAUUCAUCCAUGACCAGUUCGCCGAUCCCGGUGGAUCUCUUUGUGUCGAAAAAACAUCCAGGCCUUACAGGUGCCGAUCUCGGGUUCGCCGAUGCCUCUGGUAAUGUUACUUUCAGACUCAACCGUCAAUCCUCACCUAAAAAUAAGAGGCUAUUCCUCCAUUCCACGGGAAAUCCCCUAAUCUCCAUCUACCGUUGCCGCAAUGGGUCGUGGCAAGGCUUCACGGGUGAAGACGAUCAAAAGCAGUGUAUAUUCAGAGUGCAGAGGACGGUGAACAAGCUCACCAGAACAGAGUUAGAGGUAUUUCUUGUUGGUGAGAAUGGGGAAGACUCAGCCUCUAAGUUAAAAGUGAAAGGUUGUCCUUUCCACAAGUCCUGCACUAUCUACAGAGGCAAUGACAUUGUGGCUCAGACUAGCCUCAUGUACAAGCUGCGGCAACUUUAUGCUAAAAGGAAUAAAUUUCGACUAACCAUAUUUCCUGGAUCUGAUGAUCAUGCUUUGGUUGCGGCAUUGGUUGUAAUAUUUCUAGAUUGAAGAUAAUAGAAUAAAGAAAAAAAGAAUUUUUUUUUUAAAUUUAUUUUAUAAUUAAAGAAA